UUAUGUCGUCGAAUAUGUAUACAUUUAUUUAUUUUUUAAUAAUAUAGUAUAAAUAGAAAAUAGAGUAAAAAAUGGGAUCCAAACAAUACAAACCAACUGCAAUUAUCUAAAUAUGAGACAAAAGGUUCACACAUUUCCCUUUCUUUGAACACAUAUAUAUACAUAAUAAAGGAAAGUAACUAAUUGAACUUUGUGUCGUAAAAAAUAAAUAAAUAUACUAGUUGAAUUUUCAAAUUUCCACUUUCCAAUUCUGUCUCAAAUUCUGUCAUUUGAGACCCUCAUUCCCCAAGGAAUUGAAGUUUAAAAGCAGCGAGUACCAACAUUCCUUAUCUCUUCCUUCUUCACUAUAGAUUCUCUAAAUCAUCAAUUCUUCUAACUCAUUCACCAUAAUCCAAAAAAUGAGAACCAUUGAAAUCUUCUGUGCAUCACAAGCUUCAACAGCUAUAUGUCUUAACACUGUCACUGAUCAUGCUUCUUCUUCUUCUUCUUCUUCUUCUUCCAAUACCAUUCAAUAUGGUGGUAGAGCCAUUGACAGACACAACCCCAUCAUCACAGAUCCAAAAAGAACUCCCUCAAGAGAUCUCAAUUUCCCUAGUUCUCCAUCUUCUUCUUCUCAAUCACCCAUCAACCCAAAACUUGUCCAUGAUCUCAAAAAAUCCAAGAAAAACACUACCACUUCAAAACUAAAUGACAAGAAAAAGAAAAAUGUAAUAAAAGCUACUACUACUCAUGAUGAGAAGAAGAAUAAAAGUGUUACAACAGAAAAAUUGACUGAACAUAUUUCCAACAAUUACUCUUCAAAACCAAUUGAUAGUAUCUUAAGAAGGAGUUGGGUUAAGCCACCUUGUGAUUUAAUCACUCCUCCUACUUCAUCAAGAUAUUUGCUUGGUGAAACAAAUUCAUUGGAUGGUGUAUCAGAUUAUGACCCUGUUUUGGAUAUAACUAAGGUUGAUGAUAACAAAAAAAAAGGUCAUGUUUUUCUUGAAGAUGAAAAUAACCAUUCAUCUAAACAGUACUCUGCCUUCUCUGCUCCAAAGUCUGGUUCUUCAAACCAGGUUGUGGUGUUAAGGGUUUCUCUGCACUGUAAAGGUUGUGAAGGGAAGGUGAGGAAACAUCUCUCUAGAUUACAAGGGGUUACAUCCUUCACCAUAGACUUUGCAGCAAAGAAGGUAACAGUAGUUGGAAACGUGACUCCAUUGAGUGUAUUGGCAAGCAUAUCAAAGGUCAAAACUGCACAAAUUUGGCCAGAAUCAGCUUCACCAAUUGGACCGAGUGCCACUGAAACAAAGAAAUCAAAUUUUAUCUAAUUCAAAAGGAAAGUACACUGAAUUGUAUGCUUUCAGUUUAAAGUAGGUAGUAAUUUAAUUAGUGUAAAUGCAAAUGUUAGCAAGUGAAGCACUGUGGCUUUCAACAGGGAUAUUCUGUUUUUCUUUUUUGGCAAAACGAGUUAUUUUAGUUUUACUUAGAAGAAACUUUAUCUUUGCAUAAGGAUUGUUAAAUUUUCUCCAUGGAGAAAAUUUACUAAUCUAAUCAUUACUAUAUUAUGUUUUUUAAAUCCGAAAA